AGUUGCACCUAUUUGGAAAUAUUGCUCAACCAUGUCUGAUUCAAUUCAGUAUUGUACACUGAAAUUUGUACAUGGGCUAUGUUGACGUGCAAUUUGUUCUUUUUAAAUAUCUUAUAAUUACAUUUAAGAUAUAAGAGGCAUGGUAAAAUGGCUUCGACAUAUAAUGAUUACCCGAAUAAUACGGCCAACUUUAAUUUCAUAACAGAAAAAUUAUUUAUAUUAACCCAAAAGAAAAGUAAUGAUACAAAAUUGAUUAACACUUAUCUUUGCGAACUCAAUAAACUCGAUUAUCGAUAUGUCACUGUUUUAAAUGACACUGAAAUCCAAUUAUUAAUUAAGCAAUUAUGUACAAUUGCGACGCCUUUGCAAACACUUUUAAUUCAAAAUAUUUGCAAGCUUUUAGCCAGUUUGAUCCAAAACAAUGUAAGGCUACAGAGAGAAACAAUUGUUUAUUCUAUACAAUGGAUUUUAGAAAUGUUUGAAUUUGCUGUGUUAACUGCACACAAUGACAUCCUUUAUGCUUUGAAGACUGUUUUAGUCAAUGAGCAAUUUGAUGACAUCAAUCAUUAUAUGCAAUUACUACUUAGAAACAACAGAUUGCUAGAAAAAUAUUUAAAUCCUUCUAAUUCACAAUGGUCUGAAACUCAUUAUCAUGCAGUAAGCUGCUUAGAAGGCAUUCUAAUAAACAAAUAUAAUGACACUCCUAUCAAACAGGAAUUUAUAUGUAUUAUUAGAGAUAUUGUACUAAGAAUUGUUUCAUCUUUUUCGUACUUAAAUGAUAAUCAACUGUAUUGCUCUAAAAUUUUAGGUUCCUGUUUACAUAUCCUGCGCAUUAUAAUGGCCAAUAAGUUAUUACCACAUUCCACUGACUCUGUGGGUGAAAUUUUGGGAGUAGUGCAAGUAUUUUUAUUUUAUGGUAUGAAAGAAUAUCCGUAUAUAAAACCACAGCUUCUACGUCCAGCAGCAAUGAACCUUCCAGAACAAAUUCAUGUUAUACCUAAAUGUAAAAAUUUGAAGAAUCAUAAAGCAAAGUCGAAAAAACAACUUGCCAAAAAGUCUACCAUGGAGGUAAAAAAUGAUACCAUACCAGACUGUAGAGGUGUGGGUAUGCAGUCUAGCGAUUCUGAUACGUCUGACACUGAAAGUAAUAAUUCUGUUUACGUGGAUUCCAAAGUAAGACUGGAAGCUGUACAUUUAUUGCGAGCAGUCGUUAGAAAUUCGCAAGGUCGUGAAAUAUUUGGAUUCUGGCCGCAAAUUGUAGCCACUGGAUCGCGAAGCGAUGCAAGAGUAUUAACUAGAAGUAUUUUAAAAGAAUCCGUAUCAAAGGUGAAACAAACUAUGCUGAGCACUUUAACAGAAUUACUCAUAGAUGCUAAGCCUUUUUUAAUACAUGCAGAAGACACAGAUCAUACAUCUUUUAUUACGUUCUUUGGUACAGUGUGUUUGAUGAUAAAAGAACUGCAUUUCACGUUGUCCUUAGUUUUAAAUAGCGAUAAAAAUGUAGCAGUUUUAACACAUGCUUUAAAGUGUGCUGCUGCUCUAAUUCAAGGUACAUCGUAUUCACGUUUGAAAACAGGGCUUGCUACAAAGUUAAUGAGAAACUGUAGGCCAUAUAUAUUUCAUAAAGAUCCAACAGUUCGAGUUGCGGCGCUGUCAGCUUUUGAAGCUAUUGCUUCCUGUGAUCCAAUGACAAUUGAAAUACACGAAAUACUUGCAAAACAGUCGACUGUGAGUGUAGAAUCAGAGCAAUUACACUUAAACGCUUUGCUUAGCGACAAUACAGAAGAGGAAAAAGAAGAAGUAGAUGUUGAAGACUUCAAAAGUAAUAUAAUUGAUGAAUAUAACAAUAAAUUAUGGAAAGAAACAAACAUCUGUUCCUUGAUUCACGUUUGUUUAGAGAACAUAUCGAACAAGAUGAUGAGUACACCUGUUCGUCUUCAGUCCUUAAAACUAAUUGGUAGAAUGGCAUUCAGUAUGCAAAGUCUCGUGUUCUCACAUGUAGAACUAGUUGCAACAACUUUAAUAUCGGUCAUACAAGAUUCUGAAACGCAAGUAAUAUUACACGCUUGUCGUACUCUUGAAAUUAUGGCUGGAUGCCUCGUAAAUGUAGACUCUGAGAAUGAUAAUGCCUCAGUUUUCUGGUGUAUUAUAUUCGAACCCAUAACAUCACUCCUUCAACAUCCACAGACUAUAUUAAGGGAAGCUGCAUGCGAUUGUUUAGGUAGCAUUAGUCCCAUUGUACUUACCCAACUGUCGAGACAAAAGACAGUUUUAAUCAUCACGGUGCUAUUUGGUGCGGUACACGAUGAAGAAAGUGCUGUAAGAGCUGCUGGAUUACGAGCAUUAGGAAUGUUAGUCACUUUACCUCCGCUGAAAGAGGAAACUGGAUUUUUAAUGGAUUUAGCUGAUAUAGUUUGUUUGGCUGCUGAUGAUACAAAUCUUGGCGUUCGCAUUAAAGGAGCCUGGGCUUUGGCUAAUUUAUGCAAUUGCCUUUCCAAAGAAAAAAAUGAUGAAGUAGAACCACUCCCUCUGGAAGUUCUAUUGCCGAAACUUUAUCAAGUCAGCAUUAAAGCAUCCAAGGAUAAUGAUAAAGUGAAAUGUAACGCAGUUCGAGCUCUUGGAAGUAUUCUGCAUUUAUGUCCUGACAAGCAUGUAUUAAAUGACACGAUAUCAGGAUUGGAGGCUCUCAUAAAUUGUGCCAUUUUAGGGAAUGAUAUGAAAGUGCGUUGGAAUGCCUGUCGAGCCAUAGGAUUGGUUUUAAGUAACAAUCCAGAUGAUAUAUUACCACCUUCUUGGCGGGACCAAGUAUUUCCCGUAUUAUGUAACUUAAUAUGCAACAGUCCGAACUUCAAAGUUCGUACUAAUGCAGCAUGGGCAUUAUACACUUGUAAUUCUUACGGAAAAUAUUCUGCAACUUUAUGGAAGAGCAUUAUUUUAGCAUUUGAAAAUUCUCAGCACGUGCCAAGCUACAUCGAGUAUCCCCAUCGCGACGCUCUUGUUCAGCAACUGUGCCUUACACUUAGUCAUCUAGCUGCUUGCACCGAGGUAUCAGAUUUACAAAAUCUUUGGAUAGAGAUCGGCGAUCAUGUAGAUGAUAUUUCUAAUUACAUGAAACAGUUCCAGGAAACUAUCGUGCCCGAAAAAAUUGGGGAUUUAAUAAAAGCUAAAUCACAGUUGCAAAAAUAUGUGAAGAAUGCUCCUUUAUUGCAAGAACGAAAGAUUGCUCAAACUUUGGCAAGCAUUUUUGAACGAACUACGCGAUACGAUAGUCUGGAUGUCGCUACUCCAAUAUUAUGAUACAUAGAAUUAUUAAAGGGUAUAAAAUGAGCUAUACAUUAAUGUGAAUGUAAAAUACGAAACAUGUGAAAUCACUUACUAUUAUAUACAAAUUAUAUAAAUUUUUCGGUAACAUGAAUGUCGAUGUCUGAAUCAUACAUUUAACAACCACUCAAGUUGUAUAAAAUAGAAUAAUUUUAUUAGA